AACCACCAGCCUCCAUUCCCUUGCAUUUUUCUUCGGAGUCCAGCCGGAGCCCUUUUCUUCCCCAAAACGGCUGUGUUUUGGUGAAAGAAAUUAAAGCCGUGAGCAAAACGUCGCCGUUGUGGGAAGGGGGUUUAGGUUUUGUUCUAUUUCUUUUUGCAGAGAAGCACAGGGCAAACCGGAGUAGGUGAGGCCAGGGCAUUGUAACGAUGAAUGAAGAUAGUUGGCGAUCAUGGAGAUGACAAAACGACGGCAGAACCAGAAGUUGAGAAAAGAAAGGAGAGUUGCAGGCAAAUGAUGAUGAUGUUGACUCAGCACGAGUUGAAGAAAGAAGAAACCAGAAACAGGUGAAAUUGGUGAUUGCAUGACGGAGCGUGCAGAACUUCAUAACACGAGGAGAACAGGCGCUUAGUGAAGCUCCUCGGCUAUAAAAAGGGGCUUAAAAAAUAAAAGAAGGGCACUGUUUGGAGCAGAGAAAGCUUUGGUCAUAGCAGAGGAAGCUUUCAACACUGAGGUAAAUUGCCCGCUAAUAUGCUCCCAUCUGUCGUAGACGGGAUGAGUAAAAACCUGCAAUUGACGGCUAACAAUUGUCAAUCUCAAAGCGGAUAAUCUCAGUGACGGAUAAAAAAUUUAUUAUCCCUCCCGAAUACUUCUAUACUUUAACCGGGAGUAAUAUGGAGAAUGACACUCCCUAGGCUAAACAGUUGUCUCUCUCAAACCGGACCAGGUAAGACUGAUGAAACGCACUUGUUGAACCCUUAACCCAGCCAAAUUUGUUCACUGAACCGGGCCUUCGCUGGCCCCAUAAUUAUCCUAACCGGACCGGGUCCACCAACUGACCGGGUGGCCGAGCCGGCGAGGCCUUCCUUGUCCUGGUCUGUCUCUGAGUCCAAAGUUCCGUGACUUCAGCAUGUUGUGUUAGUUUGCAGGUGAAGAAAGGAGCGCUUUGUUUGACAGAUAUCAAUAAGAAAAAAUCAAGAACAACAAGAACAAAAUAAAAGAGAUUAGCUUCCGAGUAUACAGAGAAGAAGCUAAUGGUAGGGGGAGGGAGGAGGAAAAUACUGGUGGGUUUGGUGCUGGUUAUGUGUUUAGGUAUAGCCGUUUACUUGAGGCUUUGGACUAUCGAUUACUCCAUUUCGUCUAAUGAAGCUGAGAUGAUAAGGAAACAGUUUGAUUUAGCCAACAGGGAGGCAAUGGAGGAAUCUGCUGAAUGGAGACUGAAAUAUGAUGUGGAGGCAGAGAGGGCUUCCAAUUGUCUUAAAGAAUUGAUGGAGAUUAAGGAGUCCAUGGAGGGGGAUGGUCCCACUGGUGCAAACCAGAAAUUGAAAGUGCUGCAAAAGGAAAGGGAAGCCUUGCUUAAGGAAGUUGAAGACUUAAAAAAAGAGCUUGAAGCUGAGAAGUUGAGGUGUCACUCAUUAAAGCAUCAACUGACUGCAUAAGUUUGAUAGGUUAGCAUGAUUUCCCAGCGUUUCUGAGGAAAAUCUCUUUCUCGUGUAGUUAUUGCAGAAUGAAUAUUAUGGGGGCCAAUUAGUUGUUAUUCAGCCAGGUAAAGGGUACUCUCAUAUAUAUACGUUUAAAAGUUUAUCAAUCUUUAGGCAAACACUUUGCCAGAGUCACAACAUUUUUGUACCACACGAAUGAUCUCAUUGUUCUUCCACCGAGCACACACUGCUAUAGAUUUUGUACUAGUGCUAUCGCAUCUUAAAAAUUUUUGUGAACUUGUAGGAUGUGUAGAUAUGAACUUACAAAUGAUGAAGCCUUGUUCUUUCAUUCCUGCUAUGUAAGUGAUGAAUAUGAUUACAAAUUACUCAUUCAUGAAUAAAACAGUUGGUGUUGAUUCACUGUAAA